AUGUGUAUCGAUUCCAGUGAUCUUGCUGGUUGUCGUCAAGGUCUUAAGAUCGCCAUGGAGGCCCAGCGCCGCCUCCGUCUCAAAGUCGACCUCCGUCUCUGCACCAUAGCCGGCAUCCUCUGCUCCCUCAACCUCCUUGACUCGGGUGUCAUCAGCUCCGCCUCCGUCACCUCCAUGCUCUCCGACCUAGAUCUUACCGGAAACCGGUUCUCCACAAGCAUCUUCAUCUUCACGAUCGCAAGUAUAGCGUUCCAACUCCCCUCCACCAUUGCCGUGCGGACGUUCGGUCCGAGGAGAUGGUUCGCGUUCAUUACGUUGUGUUUUGGUCUCGUCACGAUGUGUACGGCUUUCAUCCGCAGUUGGAAGGAAAUGAUUGCUCUACGAGUGCUGCUUGGGAUGGCUAUGAGUGGGGUUUAUCCCGGGUUGAGCUAUCUCAUUGCGAGUUGGUAUGUUAGACGGGAGCAGCAAUUGCGGUUUGCUUUCAUGCAGACCGGUGAGGUUGUUGUGUUGGCUACUGGCAGCAUCGUUAACUUCGGGCUCAACAAGCUGGACGGGAGAAGUGGAUUGGCUGGGUGGAGAUGGAUGUUUCUCGUGCAGGGACUCAUCACGAUCGUUCUGGGCUGUCUGACGUACUUCUGGAUUGUUGACUUCCCUGAGCAUGCGCACGAGACGCGAUAUUUUCUCACUACCGAAGAGCAAGAGCUUGCAGUGGCUCGCAUACAGGAGGACCGCAAAGACGUGCAAGCCGACCCAUUCGCAUGGCGGAAAGUGCUCGUCCACGCAACGGACCCCAAGGUCUACGGCUUCGCCUGCAUGUUCUUCUUACUCAACCUAGUGUCGACCGCCCUAUCCUACUUCCUCCCCAUGAUACUGCAAUCCGGAAUGGGCUUCGGAGAGAACGCGAGCAUCCUCUUGUCCGCUCCUCCAUACUACUACGCCGUUAUUCCAGUUAUCCUCUCCUCCGUUAUCGGCGACCGACUCAAGAUGCGCGGUCCCAUCAUCGUCUUCAACAGCCUCUGCCUCAUCGCGGGUUUCUGCAUGCUCGGGUUCGUCCGUCAAGUCACCGUCCGCUACAUCGGCGCCUUUCUCGCCACCGGCGCGUACGUUAGCAAUUGGGCGGCGCUCACAGCGUACUACUCGAACAACAUUGCAGGGCAAUGGAAGCGUGCCUUCACUGCCGCCGUCGUGACGGCAUUCAAUGGCGCGGGCGGCAUUGCAGGGAGUUUCAUCGUGAGGCAGGAGGAAGCACCGUGGUAUCCCACUGCCGUUUGGGUGAGUAUUGGCAGUCAUGUGGCGAUAGUCUGCUUUGUGGCGGCCUUUACGACGUGGUUUGCGGUGGCCAACAAGCGGCAGAGGGAAGGUAGAGCAGUAAUUGAGCGGACGGAAGGGUUCAGGUACAUGAUGUGA